AUGGCCUCAGACUCCCUUCUGCUCACCACUACCGAGGACUACGACAACGACGUCACCGUUGGCACGAUAAAAUGUACCGCACCAGUAGCGUUCGGAGGCGAGAAACAAUGGCUCUAUUUACCAGCUACCAAGAAGUUCGACCUCACACGCGGAUCAGCGCAGAAGAUGGCCUUCGAAUGCGAUGCAGAUGAGCGCCACACCGGCUUCAUGAUCGAUCCUGGAGCAUCAGUAUUGGUAGUCGUCGACAUGCAAAACUACUUCAUCAACCCAAUGUAUCGAGACCAUGCCGCAGGGAUCGCUGCCAUCGAACCGACCUUGAAAGUCAUCGAGAGAUGCCGAAAGGAAGGCAUUCAGGUCGCAUGGCUAAACUGGGGAAUCACCGACCAAUCCCUCAAAAGCAUGGCGCCUGCAAUCCAACGAGGUUUCAGCAAGAGCUUAGGCUGGCACAUUGGUCUCGGCGCUCAACUUCCAAAUGACCAAGGAAGAUGCCUCUUCAAGCGCACAUGGAACGCUGAUCUCUACGACCCUUUCAAAGCUGUCGCUCAACCCGGAGAUCUCUUCUUUGACAAGACGCGCAUGAGUGGACUAUGGUCUACUAAAGAACCACUGCACGAGUAUCUAAGAGCUGUUGGGAAGCAGACUCUAAUCUUUGCCGGCGUGAACACGGAUCAAUGCGUUUUCGGCACAGUGUCUGAUGCAUACUCCUAUGGUUGGGACUGCAUCAUGCUGCGUGACUGUACGGGUACUAUGACCGGUCGAGGUGCGCAGGAAUUGACAGAGUACCAGGUGUCCACAAACAUGGGGUUUGUGACAACCAGCCGCGCACUUUACGAAGCGCAGGUCGGUGACCACUUUGAGGAGUAUUGA